GCAAGUGUCUAUCGAGUGUACUCGAUUUGUUGGUGACAACUGUAGCUUUCACAUUCCAGCCGUUUAUUAUUAAUUCCAUUUAAUUGAGUGCGCUCCGCUUUGCUUGGGUAAUGUGUUUUUUGCGUUUUCUAAUGCAGACGCGUUCCACGCUCAGCCGUUAUCUACCCGAGAAAACGGCUGGUGGCAGCGCCAGCCCGAGCCCGAGCUCGGGCACGAGUGCGGCUCGGCAAUUGGAGACGGGCGGUGGCAGCGCACGCAAACUGCAUCUGGUAAUGGGCAAUGAGUCGUGUGAUCUGGACUCGGCGGUGUCGGCCCUAACACUGGCCUUCAUCUAUGCCCAGCGGGAGCAGGGGCACGAUUAUGUGCCGGUGCUGAAUAUACCGCGGCUCGAUUAUCCGCUCAAAACGGAGGUGGGUUACAUGCUCAACAGGUGUGAAAUCAAUGAGCAAAUGUUGCUCUUUCGCGACGAUCUGCCCCAGCAAUUGACUGGCGAUAUCAAUGUCAUUCUUGUCGAUCAUCAUGUCAGCAAUUUGGCCUUGGUUAAGCAUGUUGUCGAAAUACUCGAUCACCGACCGAUGGAGCAAAGUCCGACAAUGCAGCUGCUGCCGGAGCACUGUGUGCGCCACAUUGAGCCCGAGUUGGGCUCCUGCGCAACGCUCAUCGGCGAACAAUAUUUGGCCCAGAAGCAGCCGCGCUCCAGCCGAGUCACCCAGCUGCUGCAUGCCACCAUAUUGCUGGAUACGAUUAAUUUUGCGCCGUCGGCCAAACGCUUUUGUGCACGCGAUCUGGCCAUGGUCGAGCAGCUGGAGCUAAUGAUGCUCGAGCCAGAAGGCAAACAAUUUGAUGACAAUGAGAAUAAGCGAAGUCGUCGCAAGCUCUUCGAUGAGCUGGUCGGCGCGCGUGCUGACAUUAGCAAACUGACCCUGGCCGAGGUGCUGCGCAAGGAUAUGAAAAAGCUGCAGACCGAACACCAUACGGUGCCCAUGGCCGGUCUGCCCAUGUUGGUGCGCGAUUUCAUCGAGCUAAGCGAGGCGGAGCAUUCGAUACGCCAAUUUGCCAUCGGCAGCAAUCUGGCCGUCAUACUGGGCAUGUUUGUGCCGCCCCAGGGCGGAGCGGUGGUGCGCGACGUGGCGCUCAUCUCGCUAACCGGCCAGACACAGCUGGUGGAGCGUGUACGCAAGGCGCUUGUCGAAUCCCAAACGCCGCCGCUCAAUCUGCAGCCGCACGCGGUCGAUACGCACUUUAUGGGCGGCUGCUAUUUGCGACAGCACAACAUUCAGGCGACGCGCAAGCAUAUCCUGCCCGUGAUCAGGCGCGCCCUGCUGGACAUGGAGGCGUCACAGCGCUGUGACUGCGACGAUGUCUACUUUUUCAAGGAGAAGCCCAAGCUGGGCCUGUCCUAGACACACAGCUUCUUAUUGUAUUAGUUGGCAAUCCGAUUUGAAUCUAAGCCAAAAACUUUAGCAUCAAUAUCCGCCACACAGCUGUUAUAUUUGUUGUUGUUUUUCUUUUAGUUAAAUUGUCUUAAAUUAAGUACGAAUAUGCUCUUGCUAAGCAACGCCAGCUGCGAGCUGUUGCGAUUUCCAAUCUAAUCUUAAACCAUAAUCUCAAAAACGAGCCAAUCUAUAUGCAAAUCGAAUUUAUGUACACAUACAGACAGCCAGCUGUCGCUACUAUCAAAUAUGGCAUCAUAUAUGGCAGCUAUAUGCACGAUAUAGCCGGCUGAUCUGUAUUGGGAGAGGUUAAACCUAUAAAAUAGCCCGAUCUCCCUUAGAUUUCGUUCGAUUGUUCCUAUCACACGUACAUAUAUAUUAAUAUUGCAGCUGUUUUGAACAGUGAAAUUUAAUUGGAAUCUAAAUGUUUUAUCCGUAAACGAAAUACGAAAUACUAUUUGCACCAUAUGAUAUAUGAUAUAUAUAGCGAAUCGAUCUAAAUGUAAAUCAAAUCUAAUACUUAUUCAAAUCAAAUUUACAUAUAUAUACAUAUAUAUACGAAACUUAAGCAAAGAAAUUGGCUUUAUCGAUUUUUCUUUUACUUCUAUUUCUGGCCAAUAUUUCAAUAUUGCGGCCCUUAGCUUUGAGCCAAAUUAAACUAUUUAUAUAUAUAUAUAUGUGUAUAUGCCAAAAAAUUGCUUGUGAAAAGUUGAUCUGGAGGCGCUUCGAUUUAGUGCCAAGGCGAAGAAGAUAUCCAUUUAAAAUGUAACGUUGGUUUUAUUCCGCAAAUAUAUAUAUAUAUACACAAUAUAUAGAAAUUAUGUACAUGUAAAUACAUAAAUGAAAAUGAAAUAAAAACGUGAAAAAAACUA